AGACACCUCUGCAACACUGUCAGUGUCCUGGGAGACUACUUCAGUAUGGCAGUUGUUCAGCAACCAUCCACGAAGAACCUUGACAAAAUGGAUGAGCAGUGCGAAGAGGAUACAGAGGACACAGUGAGAGGAUACAGAGGAUACACCGACCUCUACUGUAUCUACCCCUGGCAUCACACUGCAGAGCACUGAGGAAAGCUCAAACUGCAUCAGACAAGGAAAGUUGGGAGAAUGUUCUUCCUCGCUACAAUUUUACUUUUUGGCUUAGCGUCAGCCCAGAAGGUCAUUCAGUUGCACUACUGCUCUAUAGAUGAGCACCACCUCAGGAUGGAUUGCAAAUAUGCGGUUCCCCCUGAGUCACCAGAGCCAUUUUGCAAGUACACACAGGGUGAAAGACUCUUUGACACCACCGACCCAGAUGAGGAGCAGCAUGCACCCUUCAAGAAGCGCGCCAAAGUCCGCAUCUUUCCAGGCAACAACUGUCGCCUGCUGUUUAAAAACCUGCCCGAUGGAAAGUCCAACUUCACCUGCAACAUCAAACUUCCCGACUCCCCUGUCACAGCGUCCAAAACCUCAGUGGUUGAGAAAAAGCUCCUCCUCCCCUGCUCAGCGUGGAGUGUCCUAUUACAAAGCUGCAGUGGCCUACUGCUGACCUUGAUGACACUUCCCAUGCUGCUGGAAAUUCACUGGCUGUGAACAAGGCGCCAAACUGCUGCAUACAUUAACACUGCAUCCAUAAUCAUCUGGUGACAACUUUUAGACUCUUCUGAAGUGUGUGUAUGCACAAAGUGCAAUGAGUUGAAUUGAAUGUACGUACAGUAUAUAUUUGGUAUGUCACAGGCCUGCUUACUCUGCAUCAUGCACUCAAUACUAAGCACACGUACUACUGAAUACACUUUAUACUCUACAGUACUCUCACAUAUAAAUAGCUGUUGAAAUGUACAAUAGAAAUCUGUUGGAUCCAUGUUGAUUUCAGACAGACUUGCCCAACAGGGUGAUGAGUAAAGAGCAUGAAUGUGACUUUGUCCUAAAAUCUAAAGUCUAUAUUCUAUCAUUAAUAUCUACAUUUCAAAUUUUAGUGAUUUUAUUCAAUGUAAUGGGAGAUAUUGAGCUUUACGUUCCAGUUGUAAUAACAAGAUAGGAAGAACUAUCUAUGAGGAUGCAAAUAAGAGGGAUUUUAAAGAGGGAUGAAAACUGCUUCUGCUAUACCAUCUAGCGACUGAAAUUUUCCCAGCUCAAAAGUGAUGCAACGCUGCACUCUGCAAUGUGACAUUAUUGCUGAGUUUCAUCACUCUUUAAGGUGAGCAGUCUAUUUUGCCUGACUGAAAUCUGUCCCGUGUCUCUUCUUGGCUGCCAAAUGCAGAGGGCACACAGGUGCUCUAGUGGAAGAUUGUGUUGUAUUUGUCAAUAAGAUCUGGGAAGGGCAACGAAGAUAGCUUUGGCAGGGUUUAAUAUAAUGAUAAGCAGAGAAACAAAAACUUUACAGCAUGAGCAAUAAAGUCUAUUCUAUUCUAUUUUAUUCUGAGGAGACGAUGUAUAAAGUCCCUCAACUAUGGUGACAAAGAAAACCAAAACACAAACUCAGUUUUUAUUUUGCCUUUCACUUGUGCCUGAGACACAUGAUCCAUGUUCAGCCAAGGCUUGCUGUCAUUAAUAUACAGUAUGUCUCUGAGCACUAUAAGUUUAGUCAGAUCCACAUUGAUGGUUCUAUUUAUAAAUUUACACUGAAUAUGCUUUAUAUGAUGCAAUGUUUUCUCUGAUAAUGUCACAGAUUUUUACUUAUGUAUAUAGUUAAGUAGGUGGCGUGUAGCCGAAGCACAAUCAUUUAAUUGCACUGAAAAGCACUGCUGUACUAUGUACUGUAUAAUGACAAUAAACUGAAACUGCAUCAACAAAGAAUAACAAUGCUCAUUAAAUAAAACCAACCAAUUAAUUAUGUGCU